AUGGGGGAGCCGAAGCAGACGCUAUACAUACGUGGUCUACCGGACAAGGUCUCGGAAAAAGAGAUGCGCCGGGCGCUUUAUUUGUACUGCACUCAGUUUGGCCCUGUGCUUGAGGUAUCGUAUCGCAAGAGCAGGGACAUGUACGGUCAGGCUUUUGUUGUCUUUUCAGACGUUGCCACUGCCACAAGUGCUCGCCGGGAAUUGAACGAGCGUCAGUUCUAUGGGCGAUUGGUACAGGCCUUUUACGCCAAGCGGCAGUCUUUUAGUGCCGAUCCCGGGGAGAGACGUCGCAGAGACCUUCGACGUGAGCGUGAGUCGGCCGCGAAACGCCUGCGGGAAUUUUAG